CAGUCCUUUCACAAACUUACCAAACCCGUUAUUUCAUCUUCUUCUUCUUCUUCUUCAUCAGCGUCAAAACGAUGCGUAUCGCAACCCUGAAGCUCUCACUCUGUCUCCUCAUUGUCUCUCUCUAUCCUCUCUCCCUCACCGCUCGCCCCUUCAUCCUCAUUCUCUCCCAGGACGACAUCAAAGAUACCACGGUCUCUUCUGAUGACUCGCCCGAUCCGACUCACCCUGACUCGCCCGAGUGGGACGAGUUCGGCGAGUCCGACUCACCGCACAAGUCCGAGGACGAGCUCGACCCCGGCUCAUGGCGCCCGAUCUUGGAGCCCGACUUGGCCACUCCAGCCGCCGGCUCGGUGGAUCCUGGCUCCGAGCUCGAGGGGCGGUACAGUUCGGGCGUGUCUAAGAUGUUCGCGGCGGUGAGUUCGGGCGACGCGCGGGUGAUGGAGGAGGCGGCGGCGGAGAUCGAGGCCGCGGGGAGUGAGGGCCACGCGCACGCGAGGUCGGUGCUAGGGUUUCUGUACGGGAUGGGGAUGAUGAGGGAGACGAACAAAGCCAAGGCUUUUCUGUACCAUCACUUUGCUGCCGAGGGGGGUAACGCCCAGUCCAAGAUGGCCCUCGCGUAUACAUACUUGCGCCAAGAUAUGCAUGAUAAAGCAGUUAAACUUUAUGCUGAGUUAGCAGAAGUAGCUGUAAACAGUUUCUUGAUCACGAAAGAUUCACCCGUGAUUGAACCGGUACGGAUCCACAAUGGAGCCGAGGAGAAUAAGGAGGCCCUGAGGAAGUCUCGAGGGGAGGAUGACGAGGACUUCCAGAUUUUAGAAUAUCAGGCCCUGAAAGGAAAUGCUGCAGCCAUGUACAAGAUUGGGCUGUUUUACUACUUUGGGCUCAGAGGGUUGAGGCGUGAUCAUGUCAAGGCAAUGUCAUGGUUUAUGAAGGCCGUGGACAAGGGGGAGCCGAGGUCAAUGGAACUUCUUGGUGAGAUAUAUGCUCGGGGAGCUGGGGUUGAGAGGAACUACACAAAAGCGCUUGAAUGGCUUACCCUUGCGUCCAAACAGCAACUUUUUUCAGCUUAUAAUGGGAUGGGGUAUUUGUAUGUCAAAGGCUAUGGAGUAGACAAGAAGAAUUACACCAAAGCAAAAGAGUACUUUGAGAAGGCCGCUAAAAAUGAAGAAGCUGGCGGCCGCUAUAACCUAGGAGUAAUGUAUCUAAAAGGGAUUGGGGUAAAGAAGGAUGUGAAGAUAGCAUGUAACUAUUUUAUAAUGGCUGCUAACGUGGGUCAACCAAAGGCAUUCUACCAGCUGGCAAAGAUGUUCCAUACUGGCGUAGGGCUUAAGAAGAGCCUUCCUAUGGCAACUGCAUUAUACAAAUUAGUUGCAGAACGGGGGCCGUGGAGUUCCUUGUCUAGAUGGGCGCUUGAAUCAUACUUAAAAGGUGAUGUGGGUAAGGCAUUCCUUUUGUAUGCAAGGAUGGCUGAGCUAGGCUAUGAGGUAGCACAGAGUAAUGCUGCAUGGAUACUUGACAAAUAUGGGGAACGUAGCAUGUGUAUGGGAGAAUCUGAGUUUUGUGCAGAUGCAGAAAGGCAUCAGCGUGCACAUUCUUUGUGGUGGCAGGCUUCUGAGCAGGGUAAUGAACAUGCUGCUUUGCUUAUUGGCGAUGCAUAUUACUAUGGUCGGGGUACUGAGAGGGAUUAUCAGCGUGCAGCAAAGGCUUACAUGCAUGCCAAAUCCCAAGCUAAUGCACAAGCCAUGUUCAACCUAGGAUACAUGCAUGAGCAUGGCCAAGGACUUCCGUUUGAUCUCCAUCUUGCCAAGCGAUACUAUGAUCAAGCCCUUACGAUUGAUCCUGCGGCAAAAUUGCCUGUCACACUUGCCCUUACAAGCUUGUGGAUACGAAAGAACUAUGCCGACAGUUUCCUGGUCCAUUUGAUUGAUUCAUUGCCUGGAGUCUAUCCAAAAAUAGAAGCAUGGGUGGAAGAUGUGCUCUUGGAGGAAGGAAAUGCAACCAUACUCACCCUUUUCGUUUGCCUCCUUACUGUCCUUUAUCUUCGCGAGCGGCAUCGGAGGCAUGCUGUUCCUGCCGCGGGUGAGGUAGCAGUACCGCACAACCCUAACGAGCAUGGUGCACCUGUACCUAAUUAAUUUAUGUCACUGGUGGUUUUCCGAAGCUACUAGGCUAAUUUGCUGCGUCUGAGAAAGAAAGAUUUUUUCUGCGAUAUGUACAGGUAUUUGUUAUAGUGCACAUUGUACCAUAGAGUCUUAAACCAUGCAUCUUACAUAGAUUUGAUUUAUUACAAGCCAACUUCUGUCGUGGGAGGUACAA